CAAGCGGCAGGCGUCUGCUAUGACAGUCGACUCAGCGGCGUCCGACGCGGCGAUCAGCAGGCGGCGCAAUGUCUUCGUUCUCCCAAGCUCAGCUGGACGCAACAGCUGUAAAAAAUUUUCGCGACUACUUGCGAAUACCAUCGGUCCAGCCGAAUAUCAAUUACGAUGACUGUGUUGCAUUUCUUCAGAAGCAGGCCAAGUCUCUUGACUUACCUAUUAAAAUAUACCAUGUUUAUCCAGAUAAACCGAUUGUGGUUCUCACAUGGAAUGGUACAGAUCCAUCAAAACCAGCUAUUCUGUUAAAUAGCCAUAUGGAUGUUGUACCUGUUUUUGAAGACAAAUGGACCUAUCCACCAUUUAGUGCUCAUAUGGAUGAACAAGGAAACAUUUAUGCACGUGGUAGUCAAGAUAUGAAAUGUGUUGGAAUUCAAUAUCUAGAAGCAAUUCGACGCAUGAAACUUGCAGGACAACGUUUUAAAAGAACAAUCCAUAUUUCCUUUGUACCAGAUGAAGAAAUAGGAGGCGUUCUUGGCAUGAAAGAUUUUGUACAUACUAAAGAUUUCCAGGCUCUAAAUAUUGGUUUUGCAUUGGAUGAAGGUGUAGCUUCACCUGAAGAAUAUUUUUAUAUGUUCUAUGGUGAAAGAUCAAUCUGGCAUAUUGUAGUAGAAUGUGCAGGCACCCCUGGCCAUGGAUCUCUUUUAUUGGAUAAUACAGCUGGAGAAAAAAUAAGAGUCAUAAUUGAUCGUUUUAUGGACUUCAGAGCUAAGGAGAAAGAAAAAUUGAAAAAUCCAAACAUACAACUUGGUGAUGUUACGACUGUAAAUUUAACUCAACUAAAGGGUGGUGUACAAACAAAUGUAGUACCACCUUCAUUGACAGCAAUUUUCGAUAUUCGAAUUGAUCCUUCCAUCGAUCAUAGUGAGUUUGAAGCUAUGAUCAAAAGAUGGUGUCAGGAAGCUGGUUCUGAUAUCACAUAUUCAUUUGAGCAAAAGAAUCCCAAAAUUGAAAAUACAGAGUUGGACGAUUCUAAUCCCUUCUGGAUUGCUUUUAAACAAUCUUGUGAUGACCUUGGGAUAAAUUUGAAAAUGGGAAUCUUCCCAGGUGGUACAGAUAGUCGAUAUGUAAGAGAGGUUGGAAUUCCUGCAAUUGGUUUUUCACCUAUGAAUAAAACAAAAAUACUACUUCAUGAUCAUGAUGAAUAUUUGAAUAAGGAUAUAUUCUUAAAGGGCAUUGAAAUAUACAUGAAAAUAAUACCAUCUGUAGCUAAUGUUUAAGCAGAUGCCAUUAAGACUUUAAAAAAUUCUUUAAA